GGACACCGUAAUUUACGUAGUUCAUUUAGACAACACAUACAUUUUCGUGUUCCUCUCCAAUUUUAAUUUCUUUCUCCUCUUUUUAUAUAAAAUUCGUGAACCAGAAUCGAGAAUCUAAAAUCGAAACGAAGAAUCUCUCGCUCGGCAAAAAAAAGUAGAAAAUACAACAUUUUUUCUCCGCGAUAUUGCAAAGAACAAGUGAGCUUUUCAGAAAAAAAAGAUUUAAAGAUUGUGAUGGGAGUUGUGUUUAUUUCAAGUUCAGCAGCAAGAUCACCACUCGGUUUAAGCACCGAUCUGUUGACAACACAUCGGUCUUCCCUUAAAAAACCAUCUAUCGUCGCGUUCAAAGCCGAUGAUUCGACCAAUUCAGCUUUGAUCAUUCCUCCUCGAGAACAAGUUUUAAUCCCCGCUGAAAAGCUUAAUGAGAAAAAGAGAGUAGUCACGAAGAGGAAACCCUGUAAAACCCCGAAAAAGCCGAGUUCUUUGGAUGAUCACAAUGCAGCUCCUUCGUGUUCUUUAGGUGUUGAUUAUUACAACGAAGCUGCUGCUAGACUUGAGAACAUAUACAAGCUUAGUCCUGCAACAGUCGAGGAUGAUGUUGUUGAUGGCGACUCCAAAGCGAAAGUUCCGCGGAGGAGAAAACGAAAACAGAGUGGUGAGGCAGAGAAGAAAGUAGUAGUGAGGAACAAUGUGAAGAAAGAUAAGCGUUUGAGUCUUGAUAAACGGAUCGCUUUGAAGAGAAACUGUGAAGAGAAACCAUUUGUUGUUUCUUCUGCUGAGAAGAAAGUAACAAAGAGGCAGCAAGAAGAGGAGAAGAUUGAGAGGCUUGUGCGGGACUAUUCAGCUUCUAAUGAUAUAUUGAGCUUGGACUGGAAAAAAAUGAAGAUACCUCCUGUUCUUUCUUCUACUGAACAUGCUUGGUUGUUUAAGUUGAUGCAGCCUAUGAAGGCUCUACUUGAAGUGAAAGAUGAAUUGCAAAAGAGCUUGGGAAGAGAGCCGAGGGAAGCUGAAAUAGCUAAAGAGAUCAAAAUGACCACUGGUGAAGUUAAAAAGAAAAUUGAAAUGGGUAGAGCUGCAAGAAACAAACUUAUUAAGCACAAUCUCCGACUUGUCUUGUUUGUUAUGAACAAAUAUUUUCAAGAUUUCACCAAUGGUCCGAAGUUUCAAGACCUUUGUCAAGCUGGUAUGAAAGGGCUUAUCACAGCAAUUGACCGCUUUGAGCCGAAAAGGAAGUUUCGUCUAUCGACUUAUGGUUUGUUUUGGAUAAGACAUGCCAUCAUACGGUCUAUGACAACCUCAAACUUUACUCGUGUUCCUUUUGGACUUGAAUCGGUUAGAGUUGAGAUCUAUAAAGCGAAGAUGGAGCUAUUGUUUGAGCUGGGGAGACUCCCUACAGAGAAAGAGGUAGUUGAGAAACUCAAGAUAACACCUGAGAGAUACCGUGAAGUAUUGAGAGCCGCAAAACCGGUUUUCUCACUAAAUUCAAAACAUGCGGUUACUCAAGAAGAGUUCAUCAACGGAAUCACAGAUGUUGAUGGUGUUGGAUCUGAUAACCGGAGACAACCUGCUCUUCUCAGGCUUGCUCUCGAUGACGUGCUCGAUUCAUUGAAGCCGAAAGAGAGUCUGGUUAUUCGACAAAGGUACGGUCUUGAUGGGAAAGGAGACAGGACUCUGGGAGAGAUAGCUGGAAAUCUCAACAUCUCUAGAGAAAUGGUGAGGAAACAUGAAGUCAAGGCUUUGAUGAAGCUCAAGCAUCAGGCCCGAGUUGAUUACCUUCGUCAAUACAUUGUCUGAAACCAAGCUGAACCACCCCCGCUCAACCAUUUGUGUAUACUUGGUAUGACUUCCCGAGCUACCUCAAAUCAAACCAUCUUAUCGCCGUUGUAUAGUUGUGUAUGUAAUAUCAGAGUUACUUAUAGCUGCGUUAAGUGAAUCACAAUCGUUGUAUUAUAUCAUUAGUAUACAUACCCAUACUGGAAAGUUAUACAUGUAAAGUUUCAAGUUUGAGACAUGGUAUGCAUUAUUUUCACAAAACUUAA